AUGAUGGAGGCAUCAUCCAACUCAAGCAAAGUAGAGUCUCGAAUCCAGAAUGCAGACGCUCUAGCCAAUGCAUCUCCAUAUUCCGCUCCUACCAAGAACAAGGAGCGGUGGACGAAAGAAAAUUUCAACCUACUCACCAAAUUCAUGAAUGAGGGCAAAAGCUUUAAAUAUAUUAGCGACCAUAUCGGACCAGCUCCCACCGGCGAUGCCGGCAGCUCAGGCUGUUCCAUUCCCCCAAAGCCUGUGGUCAAGACAGAAGAUGAACUACAAGUUUCCCUUCGAAUGGGAGGCGAGGACUGGAAGGAAAUCAGCGCAAGACUAAGGCGUCCCUGGAGAGCCUGCUGCAUUUACUCUUAUAGGAUGCAUCCCGAUCUUGUGCAGGAGCUGAAAAGGCAAGGCCUGGAUGACGAAGAAGAAGAAGAAGAAGAAGAAGAAGAAGAAGAAGAAGAAGAAGAAGAAGAGGAAGAGGGAGAUGUAGCUGAUGGGUUCAGCGAAGAAGAGACUAUGGGUGACAAAGAGACUGAGAGCGAAGGGAUGACAGACGUAGGAGUGAAGGACAAUGAGGCUGAAGCUGAAGCUGUUAUAGACGAGGGCGAGGUCGAGGACUGGUGGAAGGAGCAUUCAUUACCACUGAAGGAUCGCACAAGGCUCAAAAACUGUUGGGAUGACUUCGACGAUUUUUUUGUCAAUGGCGAGAUUGAUCUGGAGAAAGUGAAAGAGGGUAUGGUGAAAAGACGUGGAGGUAGCGAUAUGACCGAUGGAGAGACCGAUGUGGCCGAUUGUACGGUGGACAAUGGAGAAGCGGAUGAAGAAAGUGAUGAGAUGGACGAUGGAAGGCUGAGCGCCUGGUUGGCCCGUGGUAACGCUCUCGCUUUUCCAAAUUGCAGUGAGGGCCCGAGUUCCCCUCGUUGA